AUGGGCGGUAAUAGUAGUGCCGGGAGCAACAGCGCUAGCAGCACCGCCGCCGCCGGUUCCGCUUCGUCUUCCGCCGCGCCUACCGCUGGCGGAUUCCCCACUUCCGCCGCGGUCCCCCAGCCUUCCGCGUUCCCUUCCGCGUUUUCCUCCGCCAUGCGCCCGCUCCCCUUCAUCACGGACCCCGCGCGCCUGGCGCAGCAGUUCCCCGCGCUGCUCUCUGACAGCAGCGACGAGGAGGGGGAGGGGGACGAGGCGGACGCGGAGGGGGAGGGGGAAGGCGCGGAAGGGGGAGGGCGAUCCAAGGGGAAGGCUAGUGUGGAACGGCUAGAAGAGGCGAUUUUCGGGGCUUAUCUAGCAGGGAGGGGGGGGGGAGGGGGAGGGGGAGGCGGAGGAGGAGGAGGGAGGAGGGCGGGGAGUGGCGUUCCCGAACCUGUUUCUGCCGAUCCUACUUUCACAGCAGGUCUGGAGAAGAUCCGAGACCACCUGAACGCCGUCCAAUCGGGCGGCGCCAGCUGUCUGGUGUGCCUGGAGAGGAUCAGAUCCUCAUUCGCUCCCGCUGCCACUGUGGCAAGAAAGAGGAUGUUUGCCGCUGCGGGCAGCAUGAAUUUUCCUGCGCUGCCCGCUGCGGCAGCCGCCUCGCCUGCGGCAUCCACUCCUGCGACGCCACGUGUCAUCCGGGUAGCUGCCCGCCCUGCGACCGAGAGGGAAGCUUUUCUUGCCGAUGCGGGCAGCUCCCCUGCCAUCAGGAGUACCUCUGCGAUCGCCGCUGCCAGCGUGGCAGGCCGUGCGGGCGCCACCUGUGCAAGCGACGCUGCUGUGCUGGCGACUGCCCCCCCUGCCCCGAGGUGUGCGGUCGCAAGUUGCGGUGUGGUAACCACAGGUGUCCAGCUCCUUGCCACAGCGGCCCCUGUGCCCCCUGCCCUGUUACAGUGCGCAUCGCAUGCUUCUGUGGCACCACUGCUUUUUCUGUCCCCUGUGGAGCGGAGAAGCAACAGCGCCCACCCAGGUGCCACAUGCGCUGCCCCGUGCCCCCCACAUGCCACCACGGGGAUUCCUGUCGGCCGCAUCGCUGUCACUACGGGGCGUGCCCCCCUUGCAGCCUCCCUUGCGGCGAGCCCUUUGACUGCAGCCACUCUUGCUUGCUCAGGUGCCACGGCCCCCGCCCACCCCCCAAUCCGCCCUUCUCCCUUGAGCCGCCUAAGAAGAAGAAGAAAGGGAAGAAGGAGGUCGAGGAGGAGGAGGGGCAGGGGAAGCCUGGGUCGCCGUGCCCGCCGUGUGUGGUGCCGGUGGUGCGCGAGUGCAGAGGGAGGCACCAGGGGCAGGAGUGCGAG